UGCGAGCGUCAGACUUUAACUCUCAUUUCUGAUCUUUGUGUUGCUUUAAUGCCAUGAGUCCUAUAUAGACAUUUGAUCCUCAGGAAAAUCAAGAUCGUUUGACAUUAUUUACAAAAAACAGUCAAGUAGCCAAUUACUGUCGAAAUAUUGACACUUUUUUCACAAAUCGAAAAAGUGAUUGACUCGUAAAAUUAGCAAACUAAAUCUUAAAUUUCAUUUUUUGAAUGCAUGAUUGUGCCGCAAGUUAAAUUGUUUUAUGAAAUAUUUUUGUUAAUUUUAUUUCGUUUGGUUUUUGUUGUUUUGUUUAUGACACGACGUGGGAAUGCAGAGUACACUGGCUCGAUCCCAGCCCUGGAUACUUUUUCAUUCGGUAUAAAUAUAAUAUUAUCAUACAUUUCAGAUCGAAUGGAAUUGAUACAAAAGCUGGGUAAAAUAUCAGUGGAACUUGGUGGUAUGACGUCAGUAUGGAUGGUGAAUAAAUUAUAUAUAGUGGUUUCCGAUCCCGUCAUUGCAGAAGUGGUGUUGAAGUCUUGUCUUGAUAAAGAUGACACUACUAUGAAAUUUAUAAGAGAAAUCGUGGGCAAUGGAAGCAUAUUUGCUCCAGUAAGCAUUUGGCGUCCUCGUCGCAAGAUCCUCGCGCCAAUCUUCAGCGUAAAGAAUCUAAAUUGCUUCGUGUCUAUCUUCGAAGAGCAGAGUGAGAUUAUAAUCCAGCAGUUGGAAAGAGAGGCGGGCAAUGGAGACUUUUCCUUCUGGAAAUAUAUUACGACUUACACUUUUGAUUCUAUUUGUAAAACCAGCUUGGGUGUAGACUUGAACUCACAGCAGCAAUCAGAUCACCCGUUUUUAGAGGCUUUCGAAAUAACACUGCAUCUUAUGUCAGAACGGCUUAGCUGUCCUUGGUUGUAUCUGGACUGUAUAUAUGAGCGAUUGUCGAGAUAUAAAACAUUUGUUGUCAAGAGGGAUCUAAUGUUUCGGUUUGUUGAUGAGUUAAUUAAAAAGAAGCGGAAGGAACUAUCAACUCGGGAUGAUGACAAAAUGAAAAAGCCAGAAAUACGUACUUUCCUCGAGAUGCUGAUCGAAUCCUCAGGUGGACCUCAAGGUUACACAGAACUCGAGUUACGUGAAGAGGUGCUGGUCAUCAUCUUAGCUGGCACGGAUACAUCUGCUGUUGGUGCUGCUUAUACGGCUGUGAUGCUGUCUAAGUACCCUGAGGUUCAGGAAAAGGUGUAUCAAGAAUUACAAGAAGUAUUUGGGGACAGCGACCGUCCAGUAUCAGCGCAUGAUCUGCCCCGUCUAAAAUAUCUAGAGGCCGUUAUAAAAGAGACCCUGAGAACUUACCCAGCUGUCCCGGUAGUUGUGAGGGAAGUCCUAAACGACGUGGAACUGCCAAAUGGCACAAAGUUGGUAAACGGCAUAGGUAUUCUUAUAAACUUCUGCGCCUUACACCGAAACCCGGCAUACUGGGGUGAAGAUGCCGAUGUAUUUAGACCAGAAAGGUUCCUGGAGGGACCCUUGAAACAUCCCGCUCAGUUCAUGCCUUUUAGCUACUCCUUGAGAAACUGUGUUGGGUCAACGUACGCUAUGAUGUCAAUGAAGACCGUAUUAUCAGCGCUGGUCCGCCGCUACCGGCUGCUGCCCUCGACCCUCGAGCUGAGAGCCAAGUUCCGCGUCAUGAUGAAGGAUGCUGCUGGUUAUAGCUUAAGGAUUGAGCACAGACACAGAGGUUCUGUGGCAUAAACACACACACCCUAUUUGUCCCUAUUGUGCUUGUGUGUCUUUUUUAGGGUCCCGUACCCAAAGGGUCAAACGGGACCCUAUUACUGAGACUUCGCUGUCCGUCCG